UUGUGCAACAGCCUCAUAUUUACAGAGAGCUUUGUCUCCCUCUGUCGGUAUUUCUCUGUAGUGAGUGAAUGUGAAAGAGGAAAAAGAGAGAGAAGUGAUGAGGUAACGGACGGUCUGUACCAUUACCUUGACAUCUGCUUUGGAGGCCUGAUUAUUUUUGAACAUCUUUAUUAACGUUGAGAGGUUUACUCUUAUAUCAGCUGACGGUGAGCCGACAGUCCUGCGCUUCAGAGCAGAGGACCAGUACAGCACCAUGAACUGUGAGAUUGAUGAUAUGGAGAAUCAGGUUGAGCAAGAGGAGAAGACGAGACUCAUAAAUCAAGUGUUGGAGCUUCAACACACACUUGAAGAUCUCUCUGCGCGUGUGGACGCAGUAAAAGAGGAGAACCUUAAGCUCAAAUCGGAGAACCAGGUUCUCGGGCAGUACAUAGAGAACCUCAUGUCCGCCUCCAGCGUGUUUCAGACCACCGACACCAAAAGCAAACGAAAAUAAGUGACCGUGUGUGUCAAGUCAGAUUGAUCCAUCUCUUCUCUUCCCAACAUUCAAACUACUAGCCCGUACAUAAGCCGAUGUUUGUUUUGUAUUUAUUUUGUUGUAAAAUAUACUGAUGCAUCUCUCAGCAUGGAUUGGGUAAUACUUGAACGGACUGAGCUGCUGCCUCUCCCUAUCAGCUAGCUGUGUUACAAGAUAUAAAAGGAUGCAUGAUGCAUUUUGUGAUCAGAUAAGUACAGAGCUGGUGUAAUACCACCUCUUCUGUAUAAUUCACUUAGCAGGUACAUAACCAAUCUUAGACCCUCUCAUUGACUUGACCAUUUUUAAGUACUAGAAAGCCAAAGUCUGGUUGAGUUUUUUUUUAAAGAUUUUUUUGGCUUUUCACUAACAUUUACAUUCAAUAUGUAUUAUGUAAAUGGAAGUUCAAAGCAAGCAGACUGCACCCAGAUGUGUUCCCUUGAAAGUGCAUGACAUCCCAUAACUAAAUUGCAUGAAGGCUAAGGAACUAGUCCUCCCUCUCUUAGUAUGCCUUUUUCUUGUUUGAACCAAGGUCCACAUUCCCAGUUAUCUCAAUGACAGUUGCUCAGCUGGCACAGAAAAUAUGCAAUUUGAAUUCUACCAUAUAUAAAAAUUGGCCGCUGACCCAUACUUAAGAACUUAUACAAGUAUAACUAAAAGGACUUCCUCUAAUUAGGUACAUUUUAAGAGGCCUUGAGUCACUGAAUUACAUUUACUCACUUUCAUGCUUGGAUUUAUCUUAAAAGAUCAGACUAGUGCUCGACAAACUUGCCAUCUUUUGAGUAGGAUCAAUAGACCACAGUGUGAACUGCAGCAUUGAGUCCGCUCUUCAUGGUCACGUCCUUUGGAUCGACGUAAAAUGGAUGAAAUAAAUGGAUCUUAGCUUUUACUGCUUUCAAAGACUGAAGUGAGGUUGCUGAGUGAUAUUGAUCUGAUUGCUCCAAAGCAUCUGCUUUAGCGACAUUUAUGAGUCUGGAUGCUCUGCUCUUUGCUCAGAGUUUGCUGAUGUGAAACUUCACUUAGUAUGAAUUAUUGACAUGACACUGAAGGAUCUGCCACAACACUACAUACUCACACUCAGUUCAAUAUUUCUUUUGUGAAAUUGUUCAUUUAUGUAAUUUAUACCUGCCUGUUCUGAAAGUGUACAUUUUAUUUUGUAAAUAUUUUGCCUUUAAUAAAAUAAUUUGCUUUUGCACAAA